CGUAAACUUUUGAAAUUUGUAGCUCCGGUCAGUGGUUUAGUAGCUUUUAGCAAUGAUAUUAUAUUGUGUGGUAUGUGUGUGAUCGGUUUAGAAAGGUGCGUGACGAAUUCACAUAGUAUUGUAUUUAUUGUGGAGUUAAAUUCAUGUUAGCAUAUACAUAAGUGUUAUACUAUAAUAUAUAAUUUUAUGAAAAAAAAACUGUGUGGAAGGAUUUUAAAGUAACAUUAAAUAUAUUUCAGAGUGGUGUGUGAAAUAAUAUUUAUAGUGGCCUAGCGAAAGCAUUAAAAAGUGUCUUAUCCCGUGCUUUAAAAUAUUGAUUAAGAAUAAUCGUAUGAGUUAAUGAAAUACAGAGUAAAUAAAAAAAGUUUGUAAGAAUGAUGAAAGAAGUAGGUAACUAAUAAAUAAACUAUUUUAGUGGGGAACCUCAGAAAAUGGCAAAAAUUCACGGCUUUUCAACUCAGGAAAAUUCAUCUAAUGUGAAAUCAAGAAAACAAGCUGUUUCGUCGGGUGCGGACCAGAUCGAAAGGCGGCUUUUCAACUCAGGAAAAUUCAUCUAAUGUGAAAUCAAGAAAACAAGCUGUUUCGUCGGGUGCGGACCAGAUCGAAAGGGUGCGGGCGGCACAGCCGUGAAUGUUAAGGCUUUGCUUAAUUUUUGUAAAUACUAAUUUAAAUAUGCACGCAAUAUCUAUAUUUCCCUGUUGAAUGCUGCCUUAGUAAUAGAAACUGUUAAAUGGUGGAGUUUGGAUAUAAAUUUGAUAGUUUGUAAAGCUCAUCAAGAUGAUGUAACUAGAUACGUACUAUGCAAAUAUCUAAAAUAUGGCCAGAUCACGAAAUGCCCUCUACGCUGCAGGAGUAACUUGUCUGGGAUUUCUUUGUUUUGCAUUGGCUUCAGCAGCUAUAGGAAUACCUAUUUGGGGCUACUAUGAUAGCCCGACAGGCGGAUACGAUUUUGAUCGAGGGUAUUUCGGCCCUUUUAAGGUAUGCAAACAGUUAACAUAUAACCGAGAAAAAUGUGGAAAUGAUGUUUCCAAAUUUCGACUUUCCACGGCUGUUAAUGUAAGUGGACUUUUAGCCAUUAUAAGUUCAGCUGCUCUCGGAAUUUUCUGUAUCCUAUCUAUUAUUCAAAUUGCGAUGAUAUCCUCUGGAGAAAAAGUUGUGAUGCGUUACACCACCUUGGUAAUAUUUAAAAUGAUCCUGGCAUUGAUUGCAGGUUUUUUGGCGACCAUCGCAACAAUAAUUUUUGCCUUGCAAAUUGAUGAUUCUGAAAAGUAUGGAUUUAAAAUAUCUCGUGGCGUAUCAUUUUAUUUACAGAUUGUAGUUAUUGCAUUAACUAUUGGUCUAUUUCUUGUGGCUCUCUAUGAUGUUCUGUUCUCUCGGCGGACGGGAGGAGAUCCCACAAUGAUAGUGGACGCUUCCUCACCAGCUAGUGCUACAACAUUCAACAAUCCUGGCUACAAAGAAUCACGUUCAAGGAACGGGGUAUCCGUUACUGAUGCAUCUGGGAGGCCUUACAGUGGCAUACGAAACGGAGGUAGUGUAGCAUCUAUGUCCACGACAAUGACUAGCGUUUCGAAUGGUUCGACAGUGGAAUCGGUCACUCGCUCUCCUCUUCGUUCUAGCUUAAAGAAACCCAGACCACCGCGUGAUCCUUCUUUGGGCAUACAAAACCCUGGUUUUUCUGGAUCGGGUAGCUCACCACCCAUGCAGCGUAGUAAUAGUGUCAAAAAAGUUCGUAUUCAAACUCACAGCACAGAAGUGUGAAAUUUGAGCUCAAAAUAUAUAUUAUGUAUGUAUAGCAAAGAAGUUCAUCUGUACUAUGUGUGAGCUAAAAUACAAUAUUUAAGCUUUACAUGCUCAUAAAACGAUAUUACUAAAGCUUUUAAAGAUUACAUAUUUCACUGUAGAUGACAUACAAAUUUGUUUUGACUGAAAACAAAAGUAAUACGCAAAAGUUUAAAUAGUCUUCCAUAAGUGUUAAACUUUACAUUUAUCUCUCUCCUGUGAAGUUAUAUUUUGAAUUAAAAUUAUCAUAUUUAGUUGUUUAGUAAUAAGUAGUUUCAUACCGAUAUAUAUUGUAAAUAAAAACUUUAUGAUUUUAGUUUUCAAUAGUAUACCUUUCAAAACACAUUAAGAUCAUGCUAUGAAGUAUAAAUUGAUAUGAAAAUGUUGAUAAUGAGACAAAUUAUAUUAUAUUAACAAUAUUUUAGUUCAUAUUGAAAAAAAUGUAUACAUAUUAUGUUUGAGAACAGUGUCAGCCAAUUUCAGUCUCCGUUUCUAUCUGUAACCAACUUUUCGAAUUCACAUACUUUCAGAAAGAACUUUUGAAAAAAUGUAUAAUAUUCCAAUUCUCACUUUUAUCAACAUUUUCGCAGCUUCAAUUUCAUAUACACUUCCUGAGUAUAAUCAAUAAAAUUCCUUAUUUUCAUCACAUAUUUGUAGGGGUUUAUGUAUAUAUAAACAUAUCAAAACAUUAGACACUGUUUGGCAGUUGUGAUCAGUUUAUAAUUAACCUUUUCUAAGUUUAUAGUUUCGUUAUUUUUUUGCAAAAAAAUAAGAAUAAAAUAAGAAAUAAAAGUCCUUUAAGAGGAUUCGUAUUGUAAAUCGUUGUUUAAGACCAUAUGUGUAUUGUAGAACAUUUAUUCAUAUCAUCAUACAGUCAUAUACAUACAUAGAUUUAUUUAAAAAAAAUGCAACUGAGGCAAAUACAAAUACACAAAACUGUGCCUUGUUUGUGAAUGAUAAAAGUACAUUUUUUUUAAUAACAUCCAGCAAUUGUGUAGAGUGCCUAUACGAACAAAAUUGGCACAAAAUAUAAAUAUUGAGGCUGUGCUUUAAAACAUUCACGAGUUCUACUAAAGAGUCUUGAAAAUACGCGAGCUCCUUGCUUAUUUUUAUUUUGUAAAAAAAUGUAUUUAGUUUUUAUCUGAACUACAAAUUACAGCCACCUUACUCUAUGCAGUAUAAAAUAUUGGAAUUGAUUCCGUCCAGAUGUAUUGUUAAUGCAGAGCAAUAUAUACAUUUCUUUUUUAUGUAUCUUUAGAAGUUUACGUACAAAAAGUGUGCGGCAGCAUUUUUUGCCUUUAAUAGUAUGGUAGUAGAAGAUUUGUUUAAUAUACAUAUGUUACUUUUUUAAUUCUAAAUCUCUGUAUGUUAAAGCAUUGUAAUAUUAAAAGAGGUAUGGUUCAUUUAUUGCUGUUAAAAAUUUAGAAUAUAAUUUAUAAUGGUUUAAUACUUUAAGCCUGCAAUAUUUACAAAAUCAAAGACAUCGUAUUGAAUUAAAAAUAAUCAAAGGACAAAAAGUAACUGUAACAGAUACAUAUUUGUUUUAAGAAAAAAUCUUGUUAUUUAUAAAGAUAUGAGCAUAUGUAUGUAUUGUAUGUAGGUAUUUAUGAAAAUUACAUAUUGUCAUGAUGAAAUGUAAUAUAUAAGCAGAUUAUUUUUUAGAUUAUUAAAAGAAUGAUAAAUAAACGAACUUAUUGAUCAUACAG